AUGGCUUCUUUCAAACGCUACUUCUUUCGGGCUUCAAUUCUACUGGGGAUGCUAUUCGUUGCACCUUCAUUAGCAAGGCUAAAUGAGAAGGUGACAAAGGGUGUUAUUAAUGAUAUUUGUUCCAAGACACAGAAUCUUACUUUCUGCUUGGGGGUUCUUAAUCAAGCUCCUGGAGCAAGUACUGCAGAUCUUCCAGGUCUAGCCAAAAUCACUAUUGACUUGGCAACUUCUAAUGCUACAGAAACUCUUCAAAUAAUCCAAUCAUUAGUCCCGAAAACAACUAAUACUAAACUUAAGGAGGGAUACGCAACUUGCUCUGAGCAUUAUGAUAAUGCCAUUGGUGACCUUGGUGAUGCUCGACAACACUUGAAAACUGGUGAUCCAAUGGGUGUCAAUUUAUCAGCUUCAGCUUCCAUGGAUGAAGCCGGCGAUUGUAAUGAUGAAUUAAAAGGGCUCCCAGCAGAUCCUUCAGUCCUGAAGGGCAACCAGGAUCUAAAUAACAUUUGUAGUAUUAUUUUGGUUAUUGCUAACCGUAUACCCCGAUGA